GUGAGCGGCGAGCGGGCCGUGCGUGCGUGCGUGCGUGGCGCGCUGGCCUGGAAGCGCUGGACCUGAGAGGUGUGCAGGCGGUUACAGUGGGAGGCUUCGGCAGCCAUGGCUCCCAACGUUCCCGCGGCCGAGCCGGCCCCAGAGAGUCCUAAAGGCAUCCGGGCCGUGCUGCUGGGCCCGCGUGGUGGCAGGGACCCCGGAUGCCCUGCUGCUCGGGAAACAAGCCUGACCUUCACAUUUUUCACCCAAGUUAAUUUCAACAACCAAAGAGAAGAUUGGCAGACAAGCACAGUUCUCUGGGUAUGUGGCCACUGGGCCAGUCUGGAAGACCAGAAGGCACCCAAAUUGGCCAAAAACUUCUGUGUCUGCCAUCUGGCAACUGGGGACAUGCUGAGGGCCAUGGUGGCUUCUGGCUCAGAGCUGGGGAAAAAGCUGAAGGCAACUAUGGAUGCCGGGAAGCUGGUGAGUGAUGAAAUGGUCGUGGAACUCAUUGAGAAGAAUUUGGACACCCCUCCAUGCAAAAAUGGUUUUCUUCUAGACGGCUUCCCCCGGACUGUGAGGCAGGCAGAAAUGCUUGACGACCUCAUGGAGAAGAGGAAAGAGAAGCUUGAUUCUGUGAUUGAAUUCCGCAUCCCAGACUCCCUGCUGAUCCGGAGAAUUACAGGAAGGCUGAUUCACCCCCUGAGUGGCCGUUCCUACCACGAGGAGUUCAACCCCCCAAAGGAGCCCAUGAAAGAUGACAUCACUGGGGAACCAUUGAUCCGAAGAUCAGAUGAUAAUGAGAAGGCCUUGAAAAUCCGCCUGGAGGGCUACCACACGCAGACUACCCCGCUAGUGGAAUACUACAGGAAACGGGGGAUCCACGCUGCCAUCGACGCCUCCCAGACCCCUGAUGUCGUGUUUGCGAGCAUUCUAGCAGCCUUCUCCAAAGCCACAUCCUAGUAGCAGAAGGCCAGGCGAGACUGCACCACUGCUCAUCACCCCGCGGCGUGAUCCCUGUUUUUAGGUGCUGGGCAGAGGGGAGGGGUGGUCAGGGUAAGGAUGGAGAAUCAAGAGUGGUGAAGGGCUCACGAAAAACAUUGGAAGGGCAGCAGUGUUGUAGUGAGGUGAUUUCUUUCGCAUAUAGUAGGAGUCUUAAAGAGUAUGAGUAAUUAAUUUUUUAAAGACUGAUUGAAGGAUAUAAGUAGAAACAAGGAGGUGCAGUACUAUUUCUAAGGAAUCAAUUUUUAAUUUACUCUGGACUGGUAACAAUAUUUUUUAAAGCCAGUGCCCUGAGACCUCAACUUUUAUCUCAGAACCUCAUGGGUUGUCAGCCCAGGAAUGCAGGAAAUCAAACUGUUGUCCUCUCUGUCCUAUAACCAGGGACAGGGAGGGUUUGACUACUGACGCUGGUUCCCCACACCCUGUGAUCAAAAAAUCAUCUCCACAUUUGAAAGAGAUACAGGGUGUGCUCAUGGGGGCAGUGGCUCAGCAAAACAAGUUUACAGGAGUCAUGUGGUGCGGGGGCAGGCCGGUCUCACUCCCUUGCCGACUUAUCACUGAUUUACCAGUCCACCUGCUCUCAUGGGUGAGUGCUCAGCAACCGCCCGAUGUGUGCCACAACUCUACGCUCUUGCCUUCUUACAUCCAUGGUGUGUGAAGGGCCCUUCAAAUAAAUGAGCAAGUGUCCUAAGCAACAUCAUCCAAAGAUUGUCCUUCCGGUCCUCACAUCCUGUGACUGAGAUCACUCGACAGCACUGUGAUGUAUUUUCAAUGAGGUGCCUUUCUUAAAGACCAAAUACUGCCUUUUUUGGCCCCUAAAUCAAUAAAGUAUGUAAAAGUUUGCA